UUUCGAUGGCCGGCGCCACCAUGACGCGCAACAUGAUGAAGAACAUGUUUCGGGAAAGCGACGACGAGAGCAGCAGCAGCGACAGUAGCGAAGACGAGAGGCCCACGGAAGAGCUCCCACGAGACGGAAUAUCGAACGCUCCUUUGACUGCCGACAACGACACGUUGGCGUUCACGAGCCUCUGCCAUGACUUUCAGGUGCUCCUGAAGGAAGAUCGAAAGAAGGGAAUUGCCCAUCAGCUCUGGCCAGCCGCCACGUUUCUGUCGCACUACCUCGAAAAACAUGCCGAGACGAUGCUCCCCACUGGCACGAAGGUCCUCGAACUUGGCGCUGGGAUCGGCCUCUGCGGUCUGGUCUGCCACAAGUUGCACGCGACGUCUGUGAUUCUCACAGACUUGCCAGUCGCGAUGCCUCUUCUUGAGACAAACAUACGCCUUAAUACAGCAGCUACAGACGAGGCAGGUUCGAUGGAGAACUCGGUACGACCAAUGGUACUGUCGUGGGGAAGCGACUCAGAUUUGGCGAUGGUGAUGGAGUCGCAAGAGAAAGAAGGAGGACGUUUGCUAUGCGUGGCAGCGGACUGCGUGUACUGGGAACAUCUCUUCGAGCCAUUCUUCCACACCGUUCGAGCCCUCGUGGUGGACCAUCGCGUGGAUGUGGUGCUGGCUCAUGUGAAACGAUGGAAGCGAGACGAGCGCUUCUUCAAGAUGUGUCGGAAGCAUAUGAACGUGAUCCAACUCGUCGAAGACGUGUCCAUGGAGGUACAAGAGCACACGCGAGAGACCCAUCGAGUGAUCAAGCGCAUCUUUCGGCUCACAGCCAAAGCCUAGUCAUCGCCGUCGCGACGGCCAGCGCCACCGACUUUAUGUCAAAUUUUCUGUCCUUUUGACAAUAUGACCAGUUCAACUAUGUUCCCUCC